AUGAACCUUUGGACUAUCUUUACGUUCAUUCUCCCACUGGCAUCUGCUAGCGGAGGCGUCCAUUAUGCAGAUCAUGGCAGUCGACCUCAAUGCACUGUUCUCGCUAAUGGUGGCACAACAAACGACGUCCCCAACAUCCUCGAGGCGUUCAGCAGAUGUGGUACUGGAGGUGACAUAGUCUUUCCAGAAGGCCAGAACUACUUGAUUGCUUCGAAGUUGAACCCCAUCGUUAACGAUGUCAACAUCAAUUGGGGAGGGAUCUGGACUUUUUCUCCUGAUAUCGAGUACUGGAGACAAACCAGCUCUACCUAUCCGAUCGCGUUCCAGAACCAUGCUGCUUCGUUCAUUCUGACUGGUCAUCAUAUACGUAUCAAUGGAUAUGGCACAGGAGGUAUCCAUGGCAAUGGCGAUGUUUGGUACACUGCAGAAGCAGGCCACACCUUGCCUGGACGACCUAUGCCAUUUGUUCUCUGGAAUGUCUCUGAUGUGACAGUCAAGAAGUUCUUCAUCAUCGAUCCGCCUUUGUGGAGCUUCAACAUCAUGAACGGCACCGACGUGUGGGUGGAUGAGCUAUAUACGAACGCUACUGCGACUAAAGCAAACGCUAGUCAGAACUGGGUACAAAACACAGAUGGAUUUGAUACAAUGGAUUCGCGUAACAUUCGUCUCACGAACUUCGUCUAUCAAGGGGGAGAUGACUGCUAUGCGGUGAAGGGUAGGUCUUCAAAUAUCUUCGUCCAAAAUGCCACAUGCAGAGGUGGGAAUGGUAUGGCCAUCGGAAGCCUUGGACAGUACCUCGAUGACAGCACUGUGGAGAAUGUAGUCAUGGACGACGUGAAGAUUAUCCGAUGGAAUGAAGAUAUGCAUGGUUCCGUCCUGAUCAAGACCUGGGUUGGAGCCUUGGUGCCCCAGAACCCGUCGGCCAACGGCUACUACGAAAAUGCAGGCCAGCCACGAGGAGGUGGCUGGGGAUCUGUCCGGAAUGCCCAGUUCUCAAACUUCCAGGUAGAGGGCGCAGAUGCAGGACCAACCAUCAACCAGAACUCGGGCGACAAUGGCAGCUAUGCUGGCACGAGUUUAAUGGAAGUGAGCAACAUUGUGUUUGCCAAUUUCACCGGCUGGCUGUCGGGAAAAGAAUCGAAGAACCGGACAGCGAGUGUCAGUUGCUCGAAGGUGCAUCCGUGCUUCAACAUCGCUUUUGAGAAUGUGACGCUGACAACAGCGGAAAACUCGACGAGCACGGGAACUGGCAGCUGCAGCUAUAUUUCAGCCGGCGGAGUGCACGGCUUGUCGGGAAGUGGUUGCUCGUAG